AUGAUCUCCUACGGUGUCCCGCAGGGCAGUGUGAUCGGACCUACGCUGUUCCUAAUAUAUAUAAACAAUCUGUGCAACUUAACCUUAUUUGAAUCUAAAAUAAUAGCGUACGCUGAUGAUACUGCCAUUGUGGUAUACGGAAACUCAUGGUCGGAAGCUAAAUGUACCGCCGAGACAUCACUUCGGAUUGUUAUGGGAUGGUUAAACGACAAUAAACUCACCCUCAAUCUGUCCAAAACCAACUACAUCCCCUUCACUUUAAACCCACAUAUUAAUCCAAUAACUCCAUACACCAUAAAAGCUCACACAUGCCGAGACACAACAAGCACAACCUGCUCGUGUGUUGCUGUUUCUAAAGUAACCAAUGUUAAAUACCUUGGCGUAACGAUCGAUGAAGAACUUAAAUGGUAUACACAUCUAGAGACACUAUCUAACAAAAUUAGGAAAUCUAUUCACAUCUUUAAAACUCUAAGACACUGUGCAGAUGCGAAAAUCUUGAAAGAGGUAUACACUGCGCUUUGUCAAUCCGUCAUCGGUUAUUGUAUAUCGGUGUGGGGAGGCGCCGCUAAAUCAAGGUUUCUGAAGGUGGAGCGAGCACAGAGAGCUGUUCUCAAAGUGAUGCUGGCUAAGCCUUUUGGGUAUCCCACAAAACAGCUUUAUGGUGAAACCAAAAUACUUACGGUGAGGCAGCUCUAUGUGCUACGUGCCACGCUUUGGAGGCGAACAAAUAGGCUCAUAUGCCCCACACAAGUACACAAAACGUCAUUCGCCAGGAAACAGCUGUAUGUUAUAAGUUCUCUAAUUUACAAGAAUGUAAACAAGCAAAUUAAAAUAACAACAUUAAAUAACUAUGAAGUUAAGAAGAAUAUACACACAAUUGGUUACUAG